AUGGCAGGUAUAUGUCGACCAACCCUACAAAAUCAAUCGGAGACAUCAACUAACGGAUUCCAGACAGGGAACUUUUCUGAGUUGAUUGAUGGAUCGUUUCCUCAGUUCAGCGAGUGUUUCCAGCAGACCCUGUUGGUAUGGAUACCAUGUGGAAUAUUGUUGCUACUGUUUCCGUUCUACUUAUUUUACCUACACCGGGAAUUCAGUGGCAAACUCCCUGUCACCAAUCCAUGCUGCUGCUUCCACGUGGCAAAAUUGCUAGUGAAUGCACUCUUGAUAUGUGUGGUACUAACUGAGCUCGUCUACCAGGCCCAAAUCUCCGAGGAGUUUCCGAUCGCCAUUUCCAUUGCCUGUAUCCUUAAAAUACUCUCAUUUAUGAUUUCCGGCCUGCUGACCCACCUUCUCAGGAUCAAAGGUGUCCACACAUCAGGCCUUCUGUUUCUCUUCUGGCUGCUGAUGGCCAUGGCUGGAAUUAUACCAACAUACACCAAGUUAAUCAAUGAGGAGUAUAACACCAACCUUUCUAUCUUCACCAUCUUCUUCUGUUACUACGCCCUGGUUUUACUUCAGCUUCUACUUCAUUGCUUCGCUGAGCACAAGUUAUUCAUAUUGGAUGACGAAGAAAAGGAACCAUGUCCAGAGGGGAGUGUGUCUAUCCUGAAUCAGUUCUACUUCUGGUGGAUGAAUGGGUUGAUAAUCAAGGCGUUUAAGAGGCCCUUGGAAACGGAUGAUCUAUGGACCCUGAAUCCCUGGGACAAAAGUCAAAUUCUGUCCCCAAAUCUGGAGAAAGCUUGGCGAAAGGAAGUGAGCAAGUCUCAAAACAAUGAUAGAUCUGUGUCACUGUCUGGCUCCAGUAACAGUACCAGUAGUCAGUUCAACAAUCCUUUCUUCGCUGCCACGGUUACAGAGAAGACACCACUUCUGGUCGAGUCAGACAGAGAGAAAUUUCCAGAGUAUAAAGAAGAGCCGAAGAAGGAAGAUAAACCUUCACCUUCUCUUUUCAAAGCAUUGUUGAAGACUUUUGGACCUACAUACUGCUGUGCAAUCAUUUUUAAAUCUGUUUCUGAUGUUCUGCAGUUUUUAAACCCUGUACUUCUACAAUUCAUCAUAAAUUAUGCCGACAACCGUGACAGUCUUCCUCAGUGGAGGGGAUAUAUCCCUGCCAUUCUCAUGUUAUUUGUGGCCCUAGUCCAGUCCGUCUUUUACCACCAAAACUUAAAACUUGGCAUGACUGUUGGCAUGAGGAUACGUAGCGCUCUUAUAUCAGCAAUCUACAACAAGGCAAUGACCAUGAGCAGUGAAAUGCAAAAAGGUACAACAUUGGGAGAAACAGUGAACCUCAUGUCUAUUGACUGCCAGCGUAUUCAGGACACAUUCAACUACCUGUGGUCACUGUUCACCGUACCACUUCAGAUCACCAUUGGAAUCUACCUACUUUGGACGUAUGUGGAACUCGGCCCCUCCUGUUUGGCAGGACUGGCUGUUCUAAUGCUCAUGGUUCCUCUCAACUCAUUUGUGGCUGUAAAACAGAAGAAGUUACAAGGCCUUGUCCUGAAGAAUAAAGGUCGACGAAUUAAAUUAUUCAGCGAGAUUCUCAACGGCAUAAAGGUUCUUAAGAUGUAUGCCUGGGAACCUUCCUUCACAGAGAAAGUGUUGGAGAUCCGACAGGAAGAGUUAAAGCGGUUAAAGCAAAUUGCCUACCUUCAGGGCUUCACAACAUUCUGCUUCCUACUGGCACCUUUUGUGGUGAUGCUGGCAACAUUUGCAACAUAUGUUGUGACUUCUGAAACACACACUUUGAGGUCUGAGCAAGCUUUUGUUGCCUUGGCGCUCUUCAACAUCCUGAGGGUACCAGUUAAUCUGUUGUCUCAGCUCAUCUCCUACGGUGUCCAGGCGAUGGUGUCCAUCAAAAGGAUUAGAAAUUACCUCAGUGGGAGUGAUCUUGACCCCAACAAUGUACACUUUACUGACCAUAAUGAUUAUGCAUUAGAAGUAAAUCAUGGUACAUUUAUAUGGGACAAAGAAAUGCCACAGCCUACACUUAAAGAUAUUAACUUCCACAUCCCAGAUGGACAGUUGGUGGCAGUGGUGGGACAAGUUGGAGCUGGAAAAUCUUCUUUAAUAUCAUCUCUACUGGGUGAUCUCACCAAGAUGCAGGGCAAUGUAACAGUCAAGGGUAAGGUGGCCUACGUGCCUCAGGAAGCAUGGAUCCAGAAUGCAACACUAAUGAACAACAUCCUGUUUGGUAAACAACUACUGGCAAAGAAGUAUAAAAAGGUGAUAGAAUCGUGUGGACUGGGACCAGACCUGGAGAUGUUACCUGGAGGUGACCAGAUAGAAAUAGGUGAAAAGGGUAUCAACAUAAGUGGAGGUCAGAAACAGCGGAUCAGUCUGGCACGGGCCGUGUACAGUAACUCUAAUGUCUAUCUCAUGGACGACCCGCUCAGUGCUGUCGAUGCUCACGUUGGCAAACAUAUAUUCAACAAAGUGAUAGGACCAAAGGGUCUGCUCAAAAACAAGACCCGAGUUUUGGUGACACAUGGUAUCCAUUGGUUACCAAUGGUGGACAAUAUUUUAGUCAUGGUGAACGGCAGGAUUUCUGAAUCUGGAUCAUAUGAAGAUCUUAUCUCUCAUAAUGGACCAUUUGCUCAGUUCCUCAAGGAAUACUUUUUAGAAGAUGAGGAGGAAGACACAAAAAUUGACCCGGAGUUGAGAGCCAUAAAAGACCAGAUAUUCGAACAAGUGGAGAGUGUGACAUCUGAAGGUCUGACCUCUGAUGACCAGCGGAGUCUUCCUCUCAGCCUGAGACGUGCCAGUGUAAGUCGCAGAGGAAGUCGACUUCUCAAACGGAAGGAGGAGGUUCGCAAACCUUUAGUGAAUACAAAACAACAGCUUACGCAACAGGAGACUGCUAAAGUGGGCGGGGUUAAGCUGGAUGUGUUCUCGUCCUAUUUUGGGGCAGCUGGAUGGUGGGCGGUCGCUAUAAUCUUGAUCCUGUUCUCAGGCUUCCAUACUAGCAGCAUCUUCUCUAACUUUUGGCUGACAUUCUGGACAGAGGACAAAUUACUGCUGAAUGUCUCCCUGGUGGACACCCUGGAGUAUCGAGAUCGGUCGUAUGACUACCUCCUGGUGUAUGGUUUACUAGGAGUCAUACAAGCUGUGCUGGUUUUGAUAUAUGGGCUGAUGCUGGCUGUGAGAAUGGUGGUAGCUGCUGGUAAACUCCACAAGAAAAUGCUUUUUACCAUCAUGCGAUGUCCCAUGACUUUCUUUGACACGACACCUGCUGGUAGGAUCAUCAACCGAUUCUCCAGCGAUGUCGAUAUCAUGGAUAACAACCUACCAAUCACGUGUCGUAUCUCGCUGAAUACUUUCUUCCUGUCGCUCAGCACUAUCAUUGUAAUCAGCGUCAACACUCCAAUCUUUCUCACCAUCAUAGUACCUGUGGCUAUUCUUUAUUUCAUCAUCCUGAAAUUCUACAUUCCCACCUCACGGCAGCUGAAAAGGCUGGAAUCCAUGACCAGGUCACCUGUUUAUAAUCACUUCAGUGAGAGUGUUUCUGGAGCCAGUGUAAUCCGAGCGUACCGAGCUCAAGAACGCUUCAUCAAGGAGUCCAUGGACCGAGUCGACAAUAAUCUUGUCUUCUACUAUGGUUACUUUGUAUCUUCAAGAUGGCUGGGAGUACGUUUAGAACUCUUGGGAAAUUUACUCAUUCUGGCUGCUUCUCUAUUUGGCAUUUUCACUGCUGGACAGUCAGGAGCAAUUGUUGGUCUGUCAAUAUCUUACGCUUUACAGGCGACAAGUGUGCUGAAUGUUUUAGUGGUGAACAUAAGUGACCUACAGAGUAACACGGUGUCAGUGGAGAGGAUAAAGGAGUACUCGGAGGUUGGAUCAGAGGCGGAAUGGUAUGGCAAAAGUCCUCCACACCCUGAAUGGCCACGUCAAGGGGAGAUAAUAUUUCAGGACUAUAAGAUGAGAUAUAGACAUGACCUUGACCUGGUUCUCAAGGGCGUUACAGCACAUAUUCAUCAUGGAGAGAAGAUUGGUAUCGUUGGAAGGACAGGGGCUGGCAAGUCCUCGUUGACACUGUCACUGUUCCGUCUGAUAGAGGGUGCAGAGGGAAGCAUCAAAAUUGAUGGUAUCAGGAUAGCCAGCAUUGGUUUACAUAACUUACGUGCCAAACUCACCAUUCUGCCACAGGACCCUGUGUUGUUCUCUGGGACAUUGCGGAUGAACCUGGACCCAUUUGACAAAUACACUGAUGACCAAUUAUGGAAUGCAUUACAACAGGCUCAUCUGAGCGAGUUUAUCAAAACAUUACCAGGGUUACUGAGUUACCAGUGUGGAGAAGGGGGUCAAAACUUCAGUGUAGGACAGCGACAGUUGGUGUGUUUGGCAAGGACAUUACUGAAGAAGACAAAUGUGCUGAUACUGGAUGAGGCAACAGCUGCUGUCGACAUGCAGACAGAUGCCCUUAUACAGGAGACCAUACACACAGAGUUCAGUGAUUGUACCGUCCUUUCUAUCGCCCACCGUCUAAACACUGUGCUUGAUUAUGACAGAGUGAUGGUUCUAAGUAAUGGACAGAUUGCUGAGUUUGACUCCCCAGCAGUUCUGUUGAGUAAUCAAGACUCCAUGUUCUAUGGGAUGGCUGUUGAUGCAGGACUUGUCAAUAGCUACCAAAAUGGUGGAAAGAACGGAUCCUGA